AAUCCCCAAAUCAAUCUACAAAUAUCUCAAGUUAAAAAAUCUAAACCGUUAAUUACUAUUUAACGAAAUUGUAUUUAUCAAUUUGUUUGUCAGAGCAGAGCAGACCCAAUCACAACUCAGCUGAGAGAGAAACGCGUCUCUCAGAUUUCAAUCCUUCACUUUCCCUUUUUGUUUUCUUUUCUCUUCCUUAUUUUUUUUUUCUCGUUAUCGGAUCAGGAAGAAUAAAAAAAAAAAACUGGGAAUUUCGAGGUUUUCUGGAUUGUUGGAUUUUGAAUUCGAUAUGGGUAUUUGCUGUUGAUGCUAAAGUUUCCAUCUCUUUGCCCCGAGAAAGAAAAUUCGAGUUUUUUUUUUUUUUUUUCCGUUUCGUCAAUCUGAAUUAAAAAAAAAAACAAAAACUCUGAAUUUUUUUUUACGACGUAAGUUAAAAGCUUUCUCAUUUCAAAGUUUUAUGAUUUUAGUUUCGGAUCUCGAAUCCAAAGCGUUGACUUCUUUGGAUUUGGUGGUUAGGGUUUGUUUUUAAGAUUCAUAAUUUUUGCAUUCUGUUUUUGUGUAACAGGAUCAAACUCAAAACCUUUUGAAUCAAUUUUUAUACUUGAUUGUGGGGUGGGAUCCAGAGUUUUCGAGCGAAAUUGAGGGUCAAUGGCUAGGGUUUAUGGAAUGAGAUGAAUUAGGAAACAAAGAUCUCUCUUUUGUCUUCUCCAGAUUGGUACAACUUGGGGUGGUCUAGUUUCCAUAGAUUGGUUUUUUAAGAAAAAGAUUUGCUAUGGAUACGGUUCGUGGAGAGGGUAAAGAAGCUAAUGGGUGUGAGAAUAAGGCUAUUGUUGUUAGUCUAGAUAACAGUGAGAUUGAAGAUCAGAUUUCUGAGGAAGAAGAAGAAGAAAGUAGUGAGUCACAAUGUUUAUUGCCUCCGAGGAAAGGAGGGAUGAUGUCGAGAAGCACUGAUAAGAUUAAGAGGACUGUGCAGUGGAAUGACAACAAAGGAGACAAUCUUGCUGAGGUUUUAGUUUAUGAACCAAGCGAAGUUAGCGAUACAGAUGAUGAUGAAUCAGAUUCAUGCAUCUGCACAAUUAUGUAGUCCUCAAAUCCGCUAUCAACCACCAUUUAACAUGGAGUUAACAAUGAGCUCGACCUUGUAUCUGACCUCUUUUCAGAAAUCAUUUUUGUGAGGAAAGACGAACCAACUUAAGCGAGUGACAUCACAAUCAUGUAACUGUCUGAUUUUGUGCUCAGGACUUGUGACAAGAAGCCAGACAAAAACAAGGGAUGUAGACUCAUAAGCUAUAUAUAUCCGAUCGUCUCAUCUCCGUGACAGGAGUGUGAGUAUAUAGAUUAUUAUUUACUGCUCUAUUGUUCAAUAGAGGCUGAUCUUCAAAUCGAAGAUCUUUGAGUGCUGUUUGAUUUGACAGGUUUUUGAUAGUAAACUAUGUAUGUCUUUCUGCAACAUACACACAUGUUAAGUUGUAAGUACAUAUAUGCAGCAAAUUGAUAUUUUUUCCUC